AUGUAUGAAGAUAUAGCGAUCGAUAUUCACUGUGCGAAACUUCUCGAUUGGCUAAUUAGCCGGCGGAUCUGCAAUCGCAGUUGGCAAGAACAUGUCAUGAAAAUUCGCCAGUUGAUCAGCAAAGCGAUUCUGGAUAUGCCUGAGCAUGCGGAGAUCAGAGACAUGCUGUCCGGUACUUAUCUGACCUACUACCAUUGCCUGAGAAUUGUCGAAAUUCUGCGCGUCACCGAAUCAGACUCGAAGAACAUUUUCGGCCGCUACUCAUCACAACGCAUGACCGACUGGCAGGAGAUAAUCGACCUGUACGAAAAGGAGAGUGUGUACUUGGCCGAGGCGGCAGAACUGCUUCAACAGUUCGCACAGUUCCAGAUUCCGAGUUUGAAGAAGCAGGUACAGAAGUUGGAGAACUCAGAGCAGGAAUGUGAACGGAAAACAGAGGAGUACAACAAACGCUACCAGGAGUUGGAGAAAUUGUUUCAUGAACAAUGCCAUAAGUUCAACAUCAAAGGAGAAAACGUGUCAGCUGAGAUCGUGGCCUUGGCGGAUUCAUUACCCGAACGACUCGAGCUGCUCGCUCAAGAGGUUCGAUCCAUAUGGCCGGUGGCGGAACAGUACCUCGAGUUUCAGGAGAUCGUUCACCGGCGAAAAUUAUCUCCCAAAGACCGCGCCGACAAACUGAAAAUGUUGAGGUACCUACGCGAAAAUGGAAACACGACCGUAUUCGAGUGGAACAGAGGACAGGCACCUUCUAAGAUCGAAGACUUUCGGCCAAAUCUCCUGCUGGUACUGCAGUACUUGAUGUCCCUUCCAUCGGUAUUGCAAAACCCGCAGUUCAUAGACGCAAAACCGAAACCGGAACAGAGUGUCGACAGCGGUAACAAGAUUGAUUUUGGUGAGGAAGACAUUUGCACUCGUGCUGAGGAAGAAAUUGACUUUAAGAUUGAAGAAUUGGCCUCUGGGGACAUUACUGAUUCUCUGAUCAACGGUGAUAUUGCAACGGCGGCAGCGGACACCGUGGCCAGAGGCGUUGAGGCGCUGACGAUUUUGGAGCAUCGUCCGACGCUGCAGCUUCUUUUGGCGGACUUGAAAGAGAUUGAGGCUUUUCUGCGAAUGCGGACGAUUGAGGUUUCUUCAGAGAAGGUUGACUUCAUCAUGUCCUCCAACUUAAGCACGGAUUUAAGAGAAACGGAGUCGUCGGUGGCGCGACAGCUACAGGACGUGACAGGG